AUUGCAUUGGUUUUAGUAAUGACAUUUCCUGAAAUACUAUACCACAAAUAUGUUAUUGUGGUAGUAGGGUACUAUAAUAUGUUAUAUUUUAGUGUUGUUUACAUGCUUGUACCACAACUUUAAAAACACGUUUCGUGUUUCUUUAAGAGACGAUGUAAACGGCUAAGAAGUUCCGGGUCACCAAAUAUGGCUAGCCGCUAGCUUCCGUCAGCUUGUCUAGUUUUGCCCACGAACAGCAGAAGCUAGACGUCUGAUGGCUUCAUUUGGCUGGAAGAGGAAAGUUGGUGAGAAGGUUUCAAAGUCUGUGGUGCAGCAGUUUGAGGCUGAGGCAGAGAAGGUUGAAGAUGCUGGACCACGUCAGGAUGAGGAGGUUGACUGGCUGCACGCCAUCAAACGACGACGGGAGAUCCUGCUGGAAGACUGUGCAGCUAAGAGCAAGAGGCUGAAGGAUGAAGGUUCAAUGCUGGCUGAGCAAGGCAGGCACUGGGAGGCCAUUAAGAAGUUGGACGAAGCCAUUCAGCUGACUCCAGACAACCCACUUCUGUAUGAGAUGAAGUCUCAGGUACUGACCAUUUUACAGGAAGUGUUUCCUGCUGUGAAGGCAGCAGAGAUGGCUGUGAAGUUUCGCCCUCUUUGGUGGGAGGGCUGGCAGACACUGGGCCGUGCCCAGCUCAACCUGGGAGAGGUGGACCUGGCUGUGAGGUCCUUCCAGGUUGCGAUCCACCUGUGCCCAUCAGAGCGCAGCCUGUGGCAGGAAGACCUGGAGUGGGCAUGGAGGUUACAGAAACAGGAUUUAGCAACCAAGGAGAAGACUCGGCAAGAAGAGGAGACCCAAAAACGGAUCCUUAAUGCCCCUGAGCUCGAGCAGGACUAUGAUUUUGAGUCUGAUGAGGUGCUGGCCGCCUGCGUGGCCGUUGCCGAGCGACAGACACAGUACGAGGAGCUGAAGAGGAGCGCCGUGGUCAUAGACGCUGAGGGAAAUGUAAAAAAUGUUCUCCCCGGGGAAGAGGGAGCAGAGGACGCAGCAGUACCAUCAAAGGAACAGUUUGUCAAAGCAAGAAGACUUUGAAUUGGUUUCAGUAUGAAUAGAUUGUCCUGGUUACAUUUUUUUGGACUGAAUGCUUUUAUUUCUGAAACCACAGUGAGUGUGUGUGUGUGUGAAGCUAUAGCAUAAAACCAACCUAGUCAGAAGCAAACACGAGAACUUUGAGUAAAUUGCAACAGAAUAAAAAAAAAAAAAAUAGAAUUUGGUCGUUUUACAUUUUCCAUCCAUUUAAUUUAAUAAUUUGUGUUAAAUGUGCAUGCAUAGUUUUUACAUGUUUUGAAGCUAUAAAAUGUAGCAUCUCCUAGUUCUAUGUGUUUCUUCUGGUUAGGACAAUAAUGCUUUCAGCUAAUAGCUAAUGCACUCUGUGGUUACGCUACAAUCUACUUUAUGACACUCUGAAACAAGAGACUUCCACUUGAUAGAGUCAGAAGGUUUUGUAGGUUUUAUUGAAAAUGAAAAAAAGGAUGUGCCUAGUUGAAAUUGGCAGCAUUUUCACUUGGGAUUGUUCAUCAAAUUUAGACACAAUUUACAGGAAAAUGUACAAAUAAAGAAGGAAAACAAAAGCUCCAAUUGCACUAAUAAUCCUAUAGAUGAAGCAGUGAAAAGUUUAAUUUAACGUUUAAUAAGGAAACACAAUCAGCCUUUGCGUUAAAGCUCUUUGGUUCUAUAGUAGAUUAAAUGGUUUUGUCUAUUUGUAAGACCUUUGAGGUUUCAAUGUGUCUGUGUUUGGUUGUUAGUAAAAAAUAAAAAUAAAAAAAGCACGCAUGCAUGCUCAGCAAAUUGUUAAUGAGUGACUAAAAUUAAUUAAAAUGUAUUAUAGGAAUCUGUGUUUCCAGUAAUGUUCUUUCCUUAGGUACUUUUUGAGUUCAGUGGUUUUCUUGUACUUGUUUUGUACUUGAAGUAGCGUUGUAUGCAGUAUUCAUACAAUGAUGACAUGCUUCUUUAUCAUAAUAUUGUGUCUUGAUCCUUGACUUUCUUGCUCAUAUGUCCGUUGCGGUCCGUAGUCCGAGCUGUCAUCAGGCUUUCAUCUGUCUGUGCUCUCAGCGGCUCAGUCAAUGUGACUCUACUGCACAGAGGAAUGUGGGUCACAAUAGCCAGAAAAGCAUGCUUGCUUGCCUACUGCAAAAUGUGACCGGAUGCAGCAGCACAUCUGGGUAUUUAGGCAUGCUUAAUUUGACAUACGAUGUCCUGGGACAUGUUAAUGUUGUAAACGUAACAUUUGCUAAUUAGAUCUUAACAGAGUAGAGCUCAGGCUGAUGGGAAUAUUGUUAGUUUUGCAGGUAUUCGUUCAUAAACCAAAGUAUCAGACAAACUCAAAUGUUGACCUGAAGAUGACGCUAGAUGAUGAGGUGCGUUGCGUCCCUAGAGCCACGCCAGUAGCAUCAGAGCGAAUCUAAAUACAGGGCUUCAAGCCAAAACAAAUCAAAUAUUAUACAAAAAUAAAGUAGAUACAUGUGUACUCCAUGUUGCACAAGUAGGAGAUUCACAGCAAAUAACACAGUUGUUGUCUUUAGGAUAAUAAGCUAUUGAAAACUGUUACUUGAAUCAGUUUUUGAGAAUAAAUUUAAAUAUGGAAAACAAUGUUGGAGCAAAAUUAAAUAAAUUAUAACAUUCUGCAUUUGUCAAUAAGGAGCUACUACACACUGCAACCUCUAGGAGGAUAUGCAUUUUUUUAAAUGUUACGUGUCUAUUUAACAUGCUACACAGACAAACCACAAGUAGCAAAGAAAAAUACAAAAGAAAAAAGACAGUAAACCACGAGCUGCAGCGUGCUGUCUGCCUCCUUUCCAACCGCUUUGAUUACAGAAGGUGAUUGUUUCCAGUGAAAUUCUCAGUAGUACGGCAUAAUAACAACAGUGAAAAGGUUAACAUUAUUGUAAAAUCUUGAUAACUUCAAUUUGCCGUCUAGGCAACGUUCUUACUGGAAAAUGUGAGUAGAUAGAUAGAAACAUAAGUUAUUUAUGUGAAGGUAAACUGCAGCAGCACCAUAGUUUUGUGGACUAUUUUGUGAACAUGCAUAUCAGUAGAAAAGAAGACAAAAGUCUCACUUCUCAAGCAGUUGAGGUACUCCUCAGCUUUGUAGAGCAACGUAAAAAUAUAACUAAUUGAGUUUCUCUAUAAGGGCCACUGGAAGUCCCUAGAUACCGCAGGUCCUGUGUGAAAAGAAGGAUCUGAAAGUGCACUGUGUAUUCCUAUGGUUAGUCAGCACUGGCAGGUCACGUUAACAUGCAACAAUGCUUAAGUCACAAUUCUCAACUGUUAAGUGCAUUUUAAACCCCAUCCUUUUUUAAAUGUAACAACAUUCAGAGUCUUUUUUUGUCAGGGCCAAAUGGCAACAAAACGUAAACUGGACCCACAAUGUUCUGUACACAGAAAAGCAGCUGAGGUUGCUGCACACUAAUUACAAUACGUAGUGCUAGCACCUUCAUUUAAAAAAAAAAAAAAAA